AGCGGGAGGGAUGUGUUGUGUGCCUCAUGGUGGAAAGGCGGCAGCAGUGGCCAAGUAAAGCGAAACCUCUUCAUUUUGAGGGCUUCUGGGAAAGGAAGGUCACGAACCAGUUUCUCAGACAGCUAGGGAUACAUCCCAGCUGGCAGUUUGUAGAUGUUUACGGUAUGGAUCCAGAACUACUCAGCAUGGUGCCAAGACCAGUUUGUGCUGUCCUCCUCCUCUUUCCAGUAACAGAAAAGUAUGAAAUGUUCCGAACAGAACAGGAAGAGAAAUUAAAAGCUCAGGGACAAGAAGUCAAACCAUCAGUAUAUUUCAUGAAACAAACAAUCAGCAAUGCCUGUGGAACAAUUGGACUUAUUCAUGCUAUUGCAAACAACAGGGAUAAAAUUAACUUUGAAGCGGAGUCCUCACUGAAGAAAUUCCUGGAUGAUUCAGUGUCCAUGAGUCCUGAAGAGAGAGCCAAAUAUCUAGAAACUUAUGAAGCUAUUCGUGUUACUCAUGAAUCCAGUGCCCAUGAAGGUCAGACUGAGGCACCAAGUAUAGAUGAGAAAGUAGAUCUUCACUUCAUCGCAUUAGUAAAUGUUGGGGGCAACCUCUAUGAAUUAGAUGGACGGAAGCCUUUCCCAAUAAACCAUGGGCAAUCAAGUGAUGAUACAUUUUUAGAGGAUGCGGUAGAAGUAUGCAAGGAAUUCAUGGAACGUGAUCCAGAGGAAAUAAGAUUUAAUGCAAUUGCUCUAGCAGCAGCUUAAAUUAUUCUUAAAUGAGGGCAAAAACUCAGUGUUUGUCAGAUGUAUUGAAACAAAAUUAUGCUCUUGCCAUAAGUCAAUAAUGAACAAAUUUUUGAUACCUCCCAAGUAACCUGAUGAGGAUUAAACUUCAGAUUUGCCUUUA